GAAAGCGCAGUGUUACAAUGAGCUUCUCCAUACCACCGGCUAAUACCCACCCACACUGCCGUCCUCCGAUAAGCAGCAUCAAAAUCGCCCACCACUCUCACAACCACCGCCUGGCCCCAGGAUGCCCGGGGGAAAGAGAGGGCUUGUGGCACCGCAGAAUACUUUUCUGGAAAACAUUGUCCGGCGCUCAAGUGAGACCAGCUUCCUCCUGGGGAACGCCCAGAUCGUGGAGUGGCCUGUAGUCUACAGUAAUGACGGAUUCUGCAAGCUCUCUGGGUUCCACAGGGCUGAGGUUAUGCAAAAAAGCAGCACUUGCAGUUUUAUGUAUGGAGAGCUGACGGACAAGAAGACAAUAGACAAAGUCAGAGAGACAUUUGAUAAUUAUGAGUCCAACUGCUUUGAGGUCUUGCUAUACAGGAAGAACAGGGCGCCAGUGUGGUUCUAUAUGCAGGUGGCCCCCAUCAGGAAUGAGAAUGACAAAGUGGUUCUCUUCCUGUGCACCUUCAAAGACAUCACUGUCUUCAAGCAGCCCAUCGAGGACGAGUCCACUAAGGGUAAGGACGAGUCCACUUCGGGAUGGACCAAGUUUGCACGGCUGACACGGGCACUGACACAUAAUAACCGCAACACCAGCCACCAUACCACACCACAGCAGCUCACUCCUAUGAGCAGCCAUGAGGUCAGCCAACCCAAGCAGUCCCGUCUGGCAGAGGUUCUCCAGCUAGGCUCAGACAUCCUCCCCCAGUACAAACAGGAGGCUCCUAAGACUCCCCCUCACAUCAUCCUCCAUUACUGCACCUUCAAGACCACCUGGGACUGGGUCAUCCUCGUUCUCACCUUCUACACGGCCAUCAUGGUGCCCUACAACGUGUCCUUCAAGACCAAGCAGAACAACAUCGUGUGGCUGGUGCUGGACAGCGUGGUAGAUGUCAUCUUCCUGGUGGACAUCGUACUCAACUUCCACACCACCUUCGUGGGGCCCGGUGGGGAGGUCAUCUCAGACCCCAAGCUGAUCAGGAUGAACUACCUGAAGACCUGGUUCGUCAUCGACCUGCUGUCCUGCCUGCCCUAUGACAUCAUCAAUGCCUUUGAGAAUGUGGAUGAGGGUAUUAGCAGUCUGUUCAGCUCUCUGAAGGUGGUGCGCCUGCUGCGUCUGGGCCGGGUGGCCCGUAAACUGGACCACUAUCUGGAGUAUGGAGCAGCUGUAUUGGUCCUACUGGUGUGUGUGUUUGGCCUGGUGGCCCACUGGCUGGCCUGCAUCUGGUACAGCAUUGGCGACUACGAGGUCAUUGACGAGGUCACCAACACUAUCAAGACGGACAGCUGGCUCUACCAGUUAGCCAUCAACCUCGGCUCGCCGUAUUGCUACAAUGCCAGCGGCUCAGGCCAAUGGGAGGGUGGCCCCGGGAAAGACUCUCUGUACAUCACGUCUCUUUACUUCACCAUGACCAGCCUGACCACCAUCGGGUUCGGCAACAUUGCCCCCACCACGGAUGGAGAGAAGAUCUUCUCUGUGGCCAUGAUGAUGGUCGGCUCUCUCCUGUACGCCACCAUCUUUGGAAAUGUGACCACCAUCUUCCAGCAGAUGUACGCCAAUACCAACCGCUACCACGAGAUGCUGAACAACGUGAGGGACUUCCUCAAGCUCUACCAGGUGCCCAAUGGGCUGAGUGAGAGGGUGAUGGACUACAUUGUCUCUACAUGGUCCAUGUCCAAGGGCAUCGACACUGAGAAGGUGCUGUCUAUCUGUCCUAAAGACAUGCGGGCAGACAUCUGUGUUCACCUGAACCGGAAGGUGUUCAAUGAGCACCCUGCGUUCCGCCUGGCAAGUGACGGCUGCCUGCGCUCUCUAGCCGGGGAGUUCCAGACCAUCCACUGCGCCCCUGGAGACCUCAUCUUCCAUGCUGGGGAGAGCGUCGACACACUCUGCUUUGUGGUGUCAGGGUCACUGGAGGUCAUCCAGGACGAUGAGGUCAUCGCUAUCCUAGGUAAAGGAGAUGUGUUUGGAGAUGUGUUCUGGAAAGAGACCACUCUUGCACACGCGUGUGCUAACGUGCGGGCGCUGACAUACUGCGACCUGCACGUCAUCAAGAGAGAGGCACUGCUCAAGGUUCUGGAGUUCUACACAGCCUUUGCGAACUCCUUCUCACGCAACCUUAUCCUCACCUGCAACCUACGCAAGCGGGUAAUUUUUCGUAAGAUCAGUGACGUGAAGAAGGAGGAGGAGGAGCGCCAGCGUCAGAAGAACGAGGUUCAGCUGACCAUCCCCCAGGACCAUCCGGUCAGGAAGCUCUUCCAGAAGUUCAAGCAGCAGAAGGAGCUGCAGAGGAAUCAGGGCGCGUCCUCCCAGCUGGACCUGGAGAAGAACCAGCUCCAAGUGGAGCACCACCUUCACCCCAUCCCCCACAGCCUGCAGCUAUCCCACUCCAGCCUGCAGCACUCCCUGCCCCUCAACAUCCAGCGGCCCGGACCCCACUCCUCCCUGCAAGGGCUCCAGAACGGGGCUCCCCCUACGGGCUGCAGUAGCAGUGUGCUCACCGUGUCCCAGGUCACGCCCAUGCAGUCUAGUCCUGCCAUGGGGGAGCCGCCUCCAGUCCGACUCAAGGUGAGCAGCAGCCCUGCUCUGGUAAAGCCUCCUGCUGCCAGGGGCUGGGGGCGCCUCAAAAACGUGGCUGCCCCACCUCCCGUGGUCAGGAAGGAGGGACUGAACAAUGUAGCUAAAGCUGUUUCUGUGGAGAUGCUAUCUCAGCAGGGCAGGGGUCAGGAGGCGGGGCUCAGAGGAGGAGAGGGAGAGGACAACCGCCUCCAUAAGACAGACUCCUGCGAUAGCGGCAUCACUAAGAGUGAGCUGCGUAUAGACAGGGCCGGGGAGGCCCCCCUGCCACACCCCUUCGGCCCCAUCCCAGAGCAGGCCCUGCAGGCUGCGCUGCAGGAGACCCGGCUGGAGCUCCGGGGGGACCUCCAGACUCUGGGGGGCCGGCUGGGGGCCCUGGAGAAACAGGUGGCUCAGAUCUUCAAACUGCUAACCUCUACAGAGAAGAGGAGGCCGUCUCUACCUCUGGCCACCACCCCCAAAACCAAAACCAAACGUCAGGACAUCUUCACUGUCUCCAGACCCGUUUCUCCUGAUUUAGUGGACGAUGACGGGCACAUCUGAAGAGGACAAAACACCACUGUUCGCCGUACCUUAACAUUUGCACACAAACUUUUAACUCAUGUCCAUCAUGAGACCUUUCUUGAUUGUAAAUAUUUCUCUAUGCAUGUCCAGCUGGUUUCUGGCUUGCCAAAGAAACAAAAAGUCUAUUCAGGGGCGCAACUUUGGUUUUAGAAGUGGGGGGCAUCUAAAGCUCAUUUCCUGCAUUUCUACUAGGUCUGUUCCCGACAACAAACAAAUAUUGGUUGAUCAAGAGUAGUCUUUUAUUUCGACCAAUCAAUUGGUUGAAAUUUUUAAACACAUAUUUUUACGCAUAUAGACUCACCCUAUGUGUUCUAAUAAAAUCAACUAGGCAAUAAGUAAUAAAAUUGUCUGAUACUUUGAGCACGCUGUUUGAUUAAAUAAUUACGACACACAAAUAACUCAACAGGGAGCCAGAGAUCAAGAUAGCCUAACCAGAAGAAAAAAUAAUUUUCCAGAGCCUCUUCUCGCUGCUGCUGGCCUUCGCAGAUUCUGCCUUUAUGCUGCUUAAGUUGCUGGUAAUAGGCUACACCAGCGGUCUGCAACCUUUUCCAUUUAAAGUGCAAGCUUAUGAUAUCAUUUCUACCAUACUGCGUGACUGUUAUGAUUUUUAUAUGCACAUUUUCGUGGAACAGUUUCAUUGAAUUUAUUAUAGGCUUUGCAACUCAAAAUAUUUGUCUGUGGUUAAUCUACAGUCUAUCUAAAUAUAAAUGAAAAUGAUACAAAUCUAAAAGUAACUUUUAUUGCCAUUGCCAACUAUGUAAAAAUAGCCUAUUUAAAGCCAACACAUAAAAACAUUGAAGCUUGCAGGUAGAAAAUAUCCUGAUUAAAAAUAAAUAUCCUAUAAAUCACAUUGGUACGCAUGGCCUGUCUAUCAACUGGGUCGCCCGAAACUCGUACUCGCAAACAUGAAACAUUGUGUAAAAUAUUCUGGGCCCCCAGAUAUUCCAGUGCCAGUGAGCUCGGGACAGACACAGCUGUAGGCUAAUUGUGCAAGGGAUGUUUCCACUGGACCAGAGCAUUACAUUUUUACUUUUCAUGCUGAGUGGUUAUCGAAAGGAAAGGGAGAGAGCUGUAAAUAUUUUUUCAAAUACUUAAGAGGAACUAUUGUCAUUAUCAGUUGAUUCUAAAAACAGACUUUGUUUACUUGCUGUUUGAGGUGAAGAAAAAUUACUUUGAGAAUCUCCACAGCUCAUUAGUGGUGGUGAAUUAAGACAAUCAGAAAUACUAUCAGCCAUCCCCAAGUGGGCGCAUUUAUAGGCCUACAUUUGCAGGCCAGGUGGGUCAGAAGUUUACAUACACUCAAUUAGUACUUGGUAGCAUUGCCUUAAAAUUGUUUAACUUGGGGCAAACGUUUCGGUUAGCCUUUCAUAAGCUUCCCACAAUAAGUUGCCUGAAUUUUGGUCCAUUCCUCCUGACAGAGCUGGUGUAACUGAGUCAGGUUUGUAGGCCUCCUUGCUU